GCAAGCGACUGCGGCGCCAGCAGCGGAAACCAAACCAGCAACAUAUAUACGUACGCCGCCGUAGCCUCGCCUUCUCUUCUCUUCUCUACACCCGGCCCAUUUUCUUCUCCUCCCCUUGCACCUCACCCCCCGGAGAAUGAUGAUGGCGCAAUUCUUCGGCCGCAUGUGGGACAGAGCUCAAGGCAAGCUGGAUGUUAUCAGGAUUUGCGACAAGGUCUUCGAGGAAUUGGCCACGACGAACACCGAGAAUGACGCCAAGCUCUUGGACAUCAACUCCCUUCACAUCGCCACGCUCAUGGUGUACAACGCGAUCAACAAGCAACUGGUCGGGCCUCACAAGGAUCCUCCCUGUAUGAAGGUCGUGGCCGAAAAAAUUGAGCGCUAUCGCACGGAGAAGGAGGUGAUAACGCAGCAGGAGCUCCGGGAGCUGAUCAUGGAGUGGGUGAGCAAAGACCUGCCCUUCGUCCUGGUGAACAAGGCCGCGGUGGCGAUCCUGGCGGCGCCGCUGCUCGCCGUCUCGGCCAAGAACGCCGGCAGGAAGGUGCCGAUGAUGAGGGACGCCGUCGAGAAGGUGCCCACGCCGCUGCUCUUCGCCGUCUUCUCUGCCGCGCUCAUGCUCCUGCAGGACGUCCGGGCAGGCAAGCAGUGAACACCGGAUGACCUGAAUGUCGAUCGCCUGCUUUCCGAUGUAUGAAUGGGCAAAGCGGUGUAGUUGAGCCGAAGCAGUUGUCUGAAACUCUGUAUGAAAAAAUGUACGUAGUCCCAGCGGGCAGUGGCCUUCGUUCUUAACUAGAUGAAUUCCCCGCACGUUGUUGCGGAAAGCAUGGUUAGAAUAAAAUUCAUUGUGCGGCACAUCGAAAACAAAAUUAGUAUUGCAUCUAAGAAAGGUUA